AUGACUACUACAAUAGAAUCGAUUGCACCACAAGCUCUUAAUUUUAGUUUGCAAGUACAAUCUAGCACAGCUUUUAGUGCUGAUGGUGAUAGUGAAAUGGUCGAUCCUGAGAUCUAUCAACAAUAUGAAAGCAAAGUGGCUAAAUUAGAGUAUCUAGCAAGCCAUCUUAGAGAAAAACUAUCUAUUAAUAAUAUAUGA